AUGCCGAGCAUCACGGACGAGUACCCCGAGUACAGCCGUACCGGCAAGCUCGACACGCUCCGGGCCACCGAGUACGGCUAUCUCGACGAGCAGGACCACGUCUACCUCGACUACACGGGCGCCGGGCUCGCCGCCCGUUCACAGCUCCAGGCGCACAGGAACCGCCUCGACGGCGCCACGUUUGGGAAUCCGCACUCGGAGAACCCGACGAGCCGCGCGGCGACGGACCUCGUCGACCGGGCGCGGCGCCGCGUCCUGCUGCACCUCAACGCCUCCCCGGAGGACUACCACGUCAUCUUCACCCCCAAUGCCACCGGCGCCGCCAAGCUCGUCGGCGAGGCGUACCCCUUUGCCAGGGGCGCGCGCCUCGUCCUCACCGCCGACAACCACAACUCGCUCAACGGCCUGCGCGAGUAUGCCCGCCGCGCCGGCUCCAAGACGCGCUACGUGCCCCUGCGGCCCAAGGACCUGCGCAUCGACACCGAGGCCCCCUCGCCACCCCGGCCGUCCAACUUCAGCGGCGUGCGCCAUCCGCUGCGCUGGAUCAAGCUGGCCCAGGACGCCGGCUACGACGUCCUCCUCGACGCCGCCGCCUACCUGCCCACGAGCCAGCUCGACCUGUCCACCGUCAACCCCAGCUUCGUCAUCGUCAGCUGGUACAAGGUCUUCGGGUUCCCGACCGGCGUCGGCUGUCUCGUCGCCCGCCGCGACGCGCUGGCCCGCCUCGCCCGGCCCUACUUUGCCGGCGGCACCGUCCAGGCCGCCACCGUCGCCGUCCCCUGGCACGCGCUGGCCCCGGCCGAGGCCGCCUUCGAGGACGGCACCCUCAACUACCUGUCCAUCCCGGACGUCCACGCCGGCCUGGACUGGGUGUCGGCCAUUGGCAUGGACACCAUUGCCACCCGCGUGCGCUGCCUGACGGGCCUCUUCAUCGACCGCCUGCUCGGGCUGCGCCACGGCGACGGCAGCCCCAUGGCCGUGCUGUACGGGCCGGCCGGCACCGAGUCGCGCGGCGGCACCGUCGCCUUCAACCUGCUCGACGCACGGGGCCGACUUGUCGACGAGCGCCUGGUCGCGCAGGAGUCGGGGCGCGCGCACAUCUCCCUGCGCACCGGGUGCUUCUGCAACCCGGGCGCGGGCGAGGCCGUCUUUGGCAUUGCCGCGAGCACGCUGCGGCCCCUGGUGAGCCAAAAGGGCGGCGGCACGUUUGACGACUUCCUCCGCAUGGCGCACCUGCCUACCGGUGGCGCGAUACGGGUGUCGUUUGGCGUCGCGAGCACGUGUGGCGACGUCGAUUAUUUCAUGGAUUUUGCGACAAAGACGUACAAGGAUCGCGUGACUUCGGCAGAGGGCUUGGCCCCGAGGCCGGGCUGUUGA